AGAGCAGCAGGGGUUGAGUCCGUACAUGUCUGAAGUGAAACAAGUUUUCUGUAUAUCAAUCCUGUGUCUUCAAACAUGUCAGACAUUCUCACAAAAAUAAAGAACAGUGUUGCCGCGAAAAAGAAGUCGACCCUGGCCCAGACCGACCUUCAGAAGUGGGGUUUGAGAGGGAUCCAGCUGAGACCCUACCAGCUGGAUGGGGUGCAGUGGCUCAUUCAGUGUCUGGAAAACCAACAAGGAUGCAUCUUAGGAGAUGAAAUGGGGCUGGGAAAAACCUGCCAGACGAUCUCUUUGUUGGUGUACAUGUCUGGAGCUCUGGGAAAGAAGGGCCCGUAUCUAGUCCUGAGUCCACUUUCUGUCAUGGAGAACUGGAGAAAUGAGUUAGAACGAUUUGCCCCCUCCCUGACGGUUCUGUGCUAUAAAGGAGACAAAGAAAGACGUGCAGAGAUUCAGAGGGAAACAGACACACAGGACUUUAGUGUUUUGCUCACUACAUAUGAGCUUUGUCUCAAAGAUGCAUCGUUCUUGAAACGGUGGAAGUGGAAGGUGCUGGUAGUAGACGAAGCUCACAGACUGAAGAAUCAGAACUCACUACUUCACCAAACUCUGACACAGUUUUCAGUGGAGUUCAGAGUCCUGCUGACAGGGACGCCCAUCCAGAACAACCUACAGGAACUCUACUCCCUGCUGAACUUUAUUCAGCCCAGCAUCUUCUCAGCAGAUGAUGUUGACAGCUUUAUCAACUCUUACUCCAAAGUGCAGAAGCAACCUGCACUUGCUGCUGAACUGCAAAGCAUCCUGGAGCCUUUUCUGCUUCGUAGAGUCAAGUCAGAAGUGGCUGUUGAUUUGCCCAAGAAGACGGAGCUGGUGGUUUAUCAUGGAAUGUCAGCUCUGCAGAAGAAAUACUACAAAGCCAUUCUGAUGAAGGACCUGGAUGCUUUUGGAAAUGAACAGGGCAGUAAGACGCGGCUGCUAAACAUCUUGAUCCAGCUGCGAAAGUGUGUUAACCACCCAUACCUGUUUGACGGAGUGGAACCAGAGCCCUUUGAGAUGGGUGAGCAUCUUGUUGAAGCCAGCGGGAAGCUGAGCCUUUUGGACAACAUGUUGACAUACCUGCACAAAGGGGGCCAUCGAGUCCUACUGUUCUCACAGAUGACCAGGGUGCUGGACAUUCUUCAGGAUUACAUGGAAUACAGAGGUUAUAGCUAUGAACGACUGGAUGGAUCUGUCCGAGGCGAAGAAAGAAAUUUAGCAGUGAAGAACUUCAGCACCCAAGAUAUCUUUGUCUUUCUGCUCAGCACCAAAGCAGGUGGCGUGGGUAUGAACCUCACAGCUGCUGACACUGUCAUUUUUAUGGAUAGUGACUUCAACCCUCAAAAUGACUUGCAGGCUGCUGCACGUAGCCAUCGCAUUGGUCAGAACAGGCCUGUGAAAGUGAUCCGCCUUCUGGCAAGAGACACAGUGGAGGAGAUCAUGUACUCUCGAGCUUUGUCCAAGCUGGAUCUCACUAAUACAGUUAUUGAAGAAGGACGCUUCUCUUUGCUGGAUCAAGUUCAGUCUGCUGCUGCAGGACUGCAGCUAAGUGAGAUCUUGAAGUUUGGAGUAGAUAAGCUUUUGUCAUCAGAUGAAAGCUCUGUACAAGAUGUGAAACUGGAGAAUAUUCUCGGUCCAUCACGAGAUGGUCUAUGGGUGGAUGAUGAACACAACACCAUUGCUGAAGGCAAUGAAGAAGAUGAAGAGGCAAGCUCUGAAUCGGACGGCCAGAACCAUAUAUACUUCUUUGAGGGGAAAGACUACAGUAAGGACCCGAGCUCUGCAGACCAGAAGAGCUUUGAGCUUCUGCUGGAGGAGCAGCUGGAGGAGUUGCAGAAAGCUAAAGGAGAGGGACGAGCUCUGAGGCACAAAGCCGCCGUUUCGUUGUCGAUGUCACUUGGGAUUCCCACCCGGAAGAGGAAACCUCUUACUGAGGCUGAGCUGGAGCUCAGACGCCAGCGGAGGGAGCAGGCUGCAGCGAAGAGAGCCAAACUUCAAGAGGACAUGAAGAAGAAACAGCAGGAGCAGAAAUAUAAGAAAAAAAUGGCAUGGUGGGAAUCAUGUGGGUACAGAUCACUGUGCUUACAGUCUGUAGACAGUGAGGAAGAGGAGGAAGAGGAGGAUGAGAGCAGCGUAUGCUCCACAGACUCUGACAGCACAGAUAUCCACUACGUUCUGGGGGAUGUGACUCAUCCUCAUGCUGCUCAGGGAAAUGCUAUCAUUGUCCACUGUGUUGAUGACUCAGGCCGGUGGGGCAGAGGAGGGCUGUUUACUGCUCUGGAGGUGAGAUCAGAUGAACCCAGGAAGAAGUAUGAGUUGGCUGGUAAAAUGAAAGACUUGGACCUUGGAAACGUGCUGCUUUUCCCCAUCGAUGACAAACAGUCCAGACUGGACGGCCAGGAUCAGUUGGCCCUCAUAGUGGCACAACAAAGAGAUAAAGCAAACAACUUAUCUGGGAUCUUUCUGACUGCGUUGGAUGAAGGGCUAAAGAAGAUUUAUGCUGCAGCCAGAAGAAAUAAGGCAAGUGUUCAUCUCCCACGCAUCGGCCACUCCACCAAAGGUUUCAACUGGUACGGCACAGAGAGACUCAUCAGGAAACAUCUGGCUUCCAGAGGUGUCCCCACCUUCAUAUACUAUCACAGCAGGACUACCAGGAAGGCAGCUGUGCCUCAGACGUCUCCUCCUGCCGCCUCAGUGUCAACAUCCCCCCCUGAACCGCAGAACAGAGACGAGCUGAGUGAUGCAGAAGAAGCAGAAACCCCCGGACCCUCUGCACUUCCCCAGAGCCACAAAGCUCCCCCAGAGCUGCCCAGCUUCAUGAAGGGAGUCCACGUGUUCUUCUACAACCUGCCUGCAUCAGACAGGAAGAAGCUGGCACGCUACCUCAUCACUUAUGAUGGAGAUGAGGAGGAGAUCAUGAGUUCAGAGGUCACCCACAUAGUUGCAGAGGUGGAGAACAGCGUUCACUCGCGGGAGCUGCAGGAUCUGGUGGACCAGUACCCUCAGGCUGUACCCGUCCACAAGGCCUGGAUGGAGUCCUGCUUCUCUAAACAAAGAAGAGUCGACACUGUGCAGUUCCUCCACCUGCUCAGACAACACUAAUUCAUUUUUACUGCAUUUUAUUUGUAAACUUUAUACUUUUAAGCUUGAAUGAAUCUGACUGAUUGUGGAAAAAUACCAAAAAAGGUAAUUUAUGGAAAUGUGUGUGCUGCUUUAUUGGGGUUUGUGUUGACGCAUUAUGAACUACACUUUCCUCAGUCAUGUAGUAACACAGUCAGGGUUUGUGUAAUAAAUUCAUCGUGUCAUAAAUCUGCAGUGUAUCGCGUGUCAGCCUCCUGUUACACACACACAGACACACGGUGGAUUAAAGGUGGAGCAUCAGCCGGGGCGGUGCUGAUCUGCGCCAAACUACAAGAACUAACUAACCUUCGUCGACUUUAUUUUUCCAUCUGUGCUGAAAAGACGACAAAAAGGACACUUCCACAAUUUUGCGAGACUAAAACCCGUUGUGUGUUGUAUUUUACAUUAAAGGCGCGGGGGCUUCACGGACCUGUAGGAGAUUUGACAACUUGACGCAGCGACGACUUUUAGAUGCAGCUGAAACCAGACACACAUGGAUGUCAGGAGGAAGAGGCCCAGUGAUGCUGCCCACUUCCAUCUGUCCCUCCUCUGCACUGUUUAGUCACACAAGUCAUUGGGGCGGGUAUCAAAACAACCAUCAUAACACCCCUGAGGAGGAUGAUGAAACCAUGAGCACACAGGAGCCACAUGCCAGUGUUGUCCACAAGCAGGACUUCAGCCCAAACCCUGGGGGGUAUGGGUC